CCUCGCAAAUUAUCCCAAAAAUUCCUCCCCGCUUUUCCCCGCCAUUCCCCUCUCUCCCCUUUCCUCUCUCUAGGGCUUCCUCCUUCUAAAAAAAACCCCUAAAAUCAGCAAUCAAACCUUCGAGAUUUCCACUCCCCAGCUCUCUCAAUGAGUAUUUCUCCACUUCUAUAGUCUCUGUACCGGCAGUAAUCGCCGUAUCGUACUCUCUGUUGUUCCAAUGUCGAAUUCCGGUGGUCCACGUGGCAUCAGCCUCCCGAACACAGUCCACUCCGAAGUCGCGCCGUGCUUGCCGCUGCCGUCGCUGCCGGUGUUCUGCGGCGCGUUCGAUCAGGAGCUGCGGUUGUUCGACGGAGCCGCGGGGAGUGGUUCGAGGUCGUUGAAUCGGAGUGACGUGGUGAAUCAGUGCGGGAAGGUUGCUGAUCUGCUCAGAGCAACUGAUGUCGCGUACUUGAAUCUUAGAGCCGAAGCAACUCUGCUUUCUUAUGGCAUUUUAGAGCCCCCAGAUCUGUACAAUGAAGUACUUCGAUGUGAUUCUGAAGCAUUUGAAUGCAGUACAUCAGGUCCUUUCAAGGAGCAAGUUUCUAGUAGUUCAGUGUCUGAAAAAAAGCCUUUUGAACAGAGUACACCCAUUGCUAUCCAACUGCAAAGGGACUUUGCAGGAAAUCACAAUCAUCAGCCGGACUACAUUCUUGCUAAUGAGACAUUUACAUCUUCUAGAAAACCAAAAGUUAAGAAAAAAAGAAGCGAAGAUUAUCCAUCAUCAGUUGCUCCUGAUCCCAUUGAACUUCAAGACACUGCUAUUCGAGGCUUCUGUGAGUUCUUGGAGGAGUUCUGUGGCAGAGCAGAAAUUCCAAGUGAUGAUCGGGAUGAUGCAGAAUGGUUGCAGUUGCCUGUUGCUGAUGUUAGACAGCUUGUGAAUGAAAUUUUAUCGAGCCGGACGAAGAAAGUCCUACAUUUGAUUCCUGUAGAUGUCCUUGUAAGACUUUUGAGGGUUUUAGAUCAUCAGAUUCAUCGGUCAGAAGGUUUGUCAGUUAAUGAAUGUGAACAUGCUGAUUCAGAUGUAGUGUCAUCUAUUUGUGGUGCUCUGGAGUCUAUUCAUGCUGCUCUCGCCAUAAUGGCUUAUAAUGACAUGCCAAAGCAGCUAUACAAUGAAGAGCUCAUUGAAAGGAUUCUGGAGUUCUCUAAGCAUCAAAUUGCUGACAUUAUGUCAGCUUGUGAUCCUGCAUAUCGUGCUUUGCACAAACCUGUUGAAACUGGGGUUUUUGAAGAUGAAGAAGAUGACGAGGGUGCUGAUUAUGGUUCUGCAAGCAAGAGAAAACGUACUGUUAGGAGUGCAAAAGUGAAGAAAUCAUCAGUGAACAGGGUCUCUGCUGCUGUGAACACUAUACUUCAGAAACUAUGCACCAUUCUUGGUUUUUUCAAGGAUUUGUUGACAAUAGAGCACUUAUCAGAUAGUUGUAUUCUACAAUUAUUGAGGACAAGCUUCACAACACUCUUGGUGGAUAAUAUCCAACUCUUGCAACUGAAAGCCAUUAGUUUAAUCGGCGGGAUUUUUUACUCAUACGCGCAACAUCGAACUUACGUGAUAGAUGAAGUACUUCAACUGCUCUUGAAGUUACCAUUCUCCAAAAGAAUACCAAGAACUUAUCAUCUACCUGAUGAGGAACAGAGGCAGAUCCAGAUGAUAACGGCUUUGCUGAUUCAGUUGGUUCACUCUAGUGCAAAUCUUCCUGAGGCCUUAAGGCAAGCAAAUGGAAAAAACCUUAUUUUUGAGGCCUCAAUUGAUUCCAGUUCCCCUACUAAAUGCCAUGAGGCUGUUACCGAAUCAUGUUGCCUUUUUUGGAGUAAAGUCCUUCAACGAUUUGCUAGUACUAAAAGUCAAGAUGCAUCUGAAGUGAAAACGAUGAUGGAGAGCCUUGUUGUGGAUUUACUUACGACAUUGAAUCUGCCUGAAUUUCCUGCUUCUGCUCCCAUUCUGGAGGUUCUGUGUGUAUUACUACUUCAGAAUGCUGGGCUGAAAUCCAAAGAUAUCGCUGCACGUUCCAUGGCCAUUGAUCUCCUUGGGACUAUUGCUGCAAGGUUGAAACAUGAUGCUGUCCUUUACAGGACAGAAAAAUUUUGGAUAGUGGAGGAGUUGAGUAAUAUCGAAAAUCCUGAACGCAGUUAUGCCAAUGAUGCAUGUGCCUUGUGUAGGAAUGAAAAGAUUGAAAAACCAUUGUUUCUAUGUCAAGGUUGUCAGAGAUUGUUUCAUGCAGACUGCAUGGGAGUUAGAGAACGUGAAGUUCCCACCCGUGGCUGGUACUGUCAGUUCUGUCAAUGUCAGAAACAACUUACUGUUUUGCAAUCCUAUUGCAAAGCACAUUGCAAGGAUGAUGGCUUAAACAAUGGUAGUCUGUCAGAAAAAUCUUCCGAAAAUGCCAAUUCAGUUGCAAAAGUGGAGGUUGUUCAGCAGAUGCUUCUGAAUUACCUGCAGGAUUGUGGUUCUGCUGAGGAUGUGCAUCUCUUUACCCGCUGGUUUUAUCUUUGCAUAUGGUACAAGGAUGUUGAGAUCUCUUCACAGAUGUUCUCUUACCACCUGGCGAGACUGAAGUCAAAAGCUAUUGUGCGUAACUCUGGGAUUGUUUCGUCAUUAUUGUCAAGGGAGUCAGUCAAGAAGAUAGCUUUGGCAUUGGGACAAAAUAAUUCUUUCUCCAGAGGAUUUGACAAGAUUCUUCACAUGCUUCUGGCAAGUUUAAGGGAGAAUUCUCCAGUGAUUCGUGCAAAGGCAUUACGAGCAGUUAGUAUCAUUGUAGAAGCUGAUCCAGAGGUUUUAUGUGACAAAUUUGUCCAAAUGGCUGUUGAAGGAAGGUUUUGUGACUCUGCUAUAUCUGUUAGAGAAGCUGCACUGGAACUUGUUGGUCGGCAUAUUGCGUCUCAUCCUGAUGUUGGGUUGCAGUAUUUUGAGAAAGUUGCUGAGAGGAUGAAGGAUACUGGUGUAAGUGUCAGAAAACGGGCUAUCAAAAUCAUAAGAGAGAUGUGCACAUCAAAUACUGAUUUUGCAGCAUUUACAAGGGCUUGCAUUGAGAUUAUUUCUCGUAUUAGUGAUGAAGAAUCCAGUAUUCAGGAUCUUGUCUGCAAGACAUUUUAUGAAUUCUGGUUUGAGGAACCUUCGGGUUCACAGGCUCGUCUCUAUGGAGGUAGUAGUUCUGUUCCACUGGAAGUCGCUAAGAAAACUGAGCAGAUGGUUGAGAUGUUAAGGAAGAUGCCAAAUCAUCAAGUUCUUGUCACCGUAAUUAAGCGUAACUUAGCGCUUGAUUUUUUCCCACAAUCAACCAAGGCUGUUGGCAUCAAUCCGGUUUCUCUUGCAUCUGUGCGGAGGCGCUGUGAAUUGAUGUGCAAGUUCUUGCUCGAGAGGAUAUUGCAGGUUGAGGAAAUGAACAAUGACGAAGUUGAGGCGCGUACACUUCCGUAUGUGCUUCUCUUGCAUGCUUUUUGUGUUGUGGAUCCUACAUUAUGUGCUCCGGCUACUGAUCCUUCCCAGUUUGUGGUCACUCUACAGCCGUACCUAAAGACUCAGGCUGACAAUCGUGCAGUAGCACAGCUACUGGAGAGCAUAAUCUUUGUAAUUGAUUCUGUUCUGCCCUUGCUUCGAAAGCUUCCUCAAAAUGUUGUGGAAGAACUUGAACAAGAUCUGAAGCAGAUGAUUGUUCGCCAUUCUUUCUUAACCGUUGUCCAUGCCUGCAUCAAGUGCCUGUGCUCUCUGAGUAGAGUGGCAGGGAAAGGUUCAGCUGUCGUUGAGUAUCUCAUCCAGGUGUUUUUCAAGCAUUUGGAUGCCUUAGGGUUUGACAACAAACAGCAAGUUGGGCGAUCUCUUUUCUGUCUUGGGUUGCUUAUUCGAUAUGGUAACUCUUUGCUGAGCACAUCCUGCAGCAUUGACCAAAAUAUCGACGUCAAGAACAGCCUCAAGUUGUUUAAAAAAUAUCUUCAUGCAGAGGAUUUUAUAAUAAAGGCCAGAUCUUUGCAGGCAUUAGGUUAUGUUUUAAUCGCUAGGCCAGAAUAUAUGUUGGAAAAGGAUGUUGGGAAAAUUUUAGAGGCAACACUCUCCUCCGGUACUGACGUACGUCUCAAGAUGCAAGCGUUGCAAAACAUCUACGAGUAUCUUCUUGAUGCAGAAAGUCAAAUGGGAACAGAAAAAACCAGCAAUGUUGCCGGUCAUCCCAUGGAUGCUGGCCAUAGUGUUCCUGUUGCUGCUGGUGAAGGUGAUACCAAUAUCUGUGGCGGAAUAAUUCAACUGUAUUGGGAUAACAUCUUGGGAAGAUGUUUAGAUGAAAAUGAACAGGUUCGCCAAUCUGCUGUGAAGAUUGUCGAAAUUGUGCUGCGGCAAGGUCUAGUUCAUCCAAUUACCUGUGUUCCAUUCCUUAUAGCUCUUGAAACAGAUCCUCAGGAGGGAAACUCAAAGCUGGCUCAUCAUCUGUUGAUGAAUAUGAAUGAAAAGUAUCCAGCAUUUUUUGAAAGCCGUUUGGGAGAUGGCCUUCAGAUGUCCUUUAUUUUCAUUAGAUCCAUGUCUGGAAGUUCUGAAAAUCCAAACCCUAGAGUCCAACUCAAGGUACCUGAGAGUAUGAAAGGGACAUUCGAGAGUGGCUCUUUCACUUAUGCAAGACUUGGUGUUUCUCGAAUCUACAAGCUGAUCCGUGGGAAUCGCAUCUCAAGGAACAAAUUUAUGUCUUCAGUUGUUCGUAAAUUUGACACUCCAAUUUGGAAUAAUUCAGUCAUCCCAUUUCUGAUGUACUGCACUGAGAUCCUUGCUUUACUUCCUUUCACAUUGCCUGAUGAGCCUCUUUACUUGAUAUAUGCCAUAAAUCGAGUUAUACAAGUUAGAGCUGGGACACUGGAGGCAAAUAUGAAAGCGUUUCUGCAUUUGUGGCAAGAAGAUGCAAAGAAACUUAAUGGUAAUGGGACAACUCAGCCCCAGGGGCCAUCCUGUCAACCUGUGUGCGAUCAAACAAUACCCAUGGAUCUUAAUGGGACACUUGAAGUAGAAUUCGGUGAUCAGCCUGUGUCUAAUCACUCUGAGCCUAUGUAUCAAAAUUUGCGUCCUAGGAAUUCGUACAACAAUUACCACAUAUCUGAAGAUGAUAUGCAGAAAAUCCAGGCAGAUUGUCUUUCAGCCACGGCAUUACAACUUCUUUUGAAACUAAAGAGGCAUCUGAAAAUAUUGUACUCUCUAAAUGAUGCACGAUGUCAGGAGUUCUCUCCAACUGAACCCAUAAAACCGGGGGAGGUUCUCUCAAGGCAGAACAUUUCCUUCAACAUAACUGAAACACGCACCGAGCUGCCUACGACUCAUGAAGAAGUGUUGCAAAGAUAUCAGGAAUUCAAAACUGCUUUGAAGGAAGACACUGUUGACUAUUCAACAUACACGGCAAACAUCAAGAGGAAGCGCCCUCCUCCUUCCAGGAGAGGGGGAAGGUCUGGCCGCAUGGCCGGAAGGGACGAUGAAGAUUACGAUGACGAUGAGGAUUGGGGAAGUGGGGUCCGGAGGCCAAAUAACAGCGGGAGGAAAAGCAGUAGAGGCAGGCAGUGGUCGUAGUUGUAAAUACGUUACAGUUAAAGCUAACAUGUAGAUUAUGUAGGAGGGGAAGAUGGAAAAAAGAAGGUAGAAACGAGAAGGUUGGAGGGAAAGAAUUCCCGAUAGAAAAAGAUUGAAGCAAACUCAACGUCGCAUUCAUGUUGUCAACGAAGAGAAUCGAUUGUAAUUGAUUCCUUUGUGUAUAUUCUUUGGUUUAGGAAAUCAUGUAAUUCGGUCUGGUCAAUAGAUGAGCCUAUUUUUUGUACAUGAAUGCACAUUUUAGAAAUAUGUUCUUUGCUUUCUAUUACUGCUACUACAGUAAAUUACUACUGAAUAUCCGAGGGAAUGAAGAAGACAUGGGUAAUCAGGUCUUAUUCCGCUAA